AUGGCAAUAUCAUCGGCACUACCCAAUCUUCUGAAACAAAAAAAAUACCCAUUCAUUUUUGCUUUUUUCCUUUUGCUCAUUUUCGUCACUUUACUCCUCAUCUCCAACUCCCAGUCACCCAUUUCUACCACUGCUGAUCUCGCCCAAUCCAACCCCUAUUCUUCCAAACUGGUUCCUCAGCCUUCCACUCAUUCACCUGUGAACACCGCUCCAUCGAAUAAUACUACUGCUGCUACCGACACUAGAAAGGACACCACCGACGCCGGCGCCGGGGGCGGUGGUAGUGGUGAUGAUGGUGAUGAGAUGGUGGCAGUGGAGUGGAAGGUGUGCGAGGGAUCAGUGGCGGUGGAUUACAUACCCUGUUUGGACAAUAGGAAAGCGAUAAUGGCUUUACGGUCUCGGAGGCAUAUGGAGCACCGGGAGAGGCAUUGCCCCGACCCAAGUCCGAGGUGUUUGGUCCCUUUACCCCAAGGGUAUAAAAUUCCAGUUCCAUGGCCCAAGAGCAGGGAUAUGGUAUGGUAUGACAAUGUUCCUCACCCUAAGCUUGUUGAAUACAAGAAGGACCAGCGGUGGGUGAUAAAGUCGGGCGAUUAUUUCAUCUUCCCAGGUGGUGGCACACAAUUCAAAAAUGGAGUUUCUCAUUAUAUUGAUUCUAUAGAAAAGACUUUACCAAUUAUUGAAUGGGGGAAGAAAACGAGGGUUAUUUUAGAUGUUGGUUGUGGUGUUGCUAGCUUUGGUGGUUCUUUACUCGACAGAGAUGCUAUUACCAUGUCUUUUGCUCCAAAGGAUGAACACGAGGCUCAAAUACAGUUUGCCCUUGAACGGGGAAUUCCUGCCACGCUCUCAGUCAUUGGAACCCAAAAGCUGACAUUUCCUGAUAAUGCUUAUGAUUUGAUUCACUGUGCACGGUGCAGGGUUCACUGGGAUGCUGAUGGUGGAAAACCCUUAAUGGAACUCAAUAGGGUUCUUAGGCCUGGAGGAUUUUUCAUAUGGUCGGCCACACCAGUGUAUAGAGAGGAUGAAAGAGAUAAGAAUGUCUGGAAAUCUAUGGUAGCUUUGACAGAAGCACUUUGCUGGAAGGUAGUGGUGAAGACCUUUUUCGACUCUUCUCAAGUCGGGUUAGUUGUAUAUCAAAAGCCAGUGUCCUCUUCCUGCUAUGAGAAUCGCAAAGAAAAUAAUCCACCUCUGUGUGAUCUGAGCAGCCGGCCAAACAGUUCAUGGUACGCUCCUCUGGACGGUUGCCUUCCACCACUUCCAAGCUAUGCACAGGAGUGGCCCUCAUCCUGGCCUGAUAGGCUCACCAGUAAACCUCCAAGCGUAUCCUCAGAACCAGAUGCCGUGGAAACAUUUAAUGCAGACACCAGACACUGGUCUGCACUUGUUUCUGAGGUUUAUCUUGGAGGUCUUGACAUAAGUUGGUCAAGUGUGAGAAACGUGAUGGAUAUGAAUGCAGGUUAUGGAGGGUUUGCAGCUGCACUCAUAAAUCUACCUCUGUGGGUGAUGAAUGUAGUCCCCAUUCAUGAAACAGAUACUUUAUCUGUCAUCUUCGAUAGAGGGCUGAUAGGAGUUUACCAUGAUUGGUGUGAAUCUCUCAACACUUAUCCUCGAACAUACGAUCUUCUGCAUUCCAGUUUCCUAUUCAGAAAUUUGACACAAAGAUGUGACAUGAUCGAUGUAGCUGUGGAGAUGGAUAGGGUACUAAGACCAGGUGGAUAUUUGUUAGUUCAAGAGAGCAUGGAAAUAAUUAACAAGCUCGUCUCGAUUCUGAAAUCCCUUCAUUGGUCAGUAAAUGUACAUCAAGAACAGUUUCUUGUGGGGAAGAAAGACUUCUGGCGCCCAGAGGGAAAAACCACAAUAUGA